GUGAAACAUGUGUCAGGUGCUGCUUGGUAAAUUUUGUUUAUCUUGGCUAGAUCUGCCAUGUGACUUUAGCCUUUAAAGGUCUGUGCUGAGUGAUCAUCACACACUAAACUAACUUUGAGCGUUAGCUUUGUGCUCACGUUAGCAUUAGCCUGGUGACUGUGUCUUCUUUAACUUUUGGAAAACAUUUUACAUACAGUUCAUGGCAUCCAGGUGAGUUAAAUUCAUUGCAUAUACUGCGCUGUUUUCCUGCUGAGUGUGUAUUAUCAUCAUUAAAACGGUGACGUUCUUGUAGACUCUACAGUUACGUAUGUGUUAGUCUGUCAUGUUCAUUUAAAGUUAUUGGAAACCUUUUAUUUAGUUAUUUAUUCAUGGACUAAAACUUUUGAAGUUUAUAGACGAAAACAUUUUGAGAAUUGUCGACUAAAACUACACGAAAUCUGAGUUUUCGUUGACUAAAACUAGACGAACACGAAAAAAUUUUGAAAUGACUAAAAUAUAACUAAGACUAAUAAGGAUUUUCGUCAAAAGACUAAGACGAAAAUUAAAAUGGCUGCCAAAAACAACACUGUUUGCAUGAUAAAUAAAGAAUAAGUAUCUUUAGUACCGUAUUGGCCCGAAUAUAAGACUGUUUUUUUGCAUUGAAAUAAGACUGAAAAAGAGGGGGUCGUCUUAUAUUCGCGGCCUAGACAUUAUACCCAUUCACGACGCCAGAUGGCGCCAGAUAUCAUUGAAGCGAUGUUCUGUCAUGAUAGAUCUCAGCUACUCUCCCCAUUCACGACGCUAGAUAGCGCCAGAUAUCAUUGAAGCGAUGUUCUGUCAUGACAGAUCUCAGCUACUCUCAAGUUUAACCAGUUUGCAUUACUUUAUUGUAAUGUUUUUCCUUAUUCAGAUUUGUUUCAAGACUACAGUUACAGUUAGACUUCACUUUGAUGGUUAAUGCAGUUAUUGCAAUUUUGUUGUUUUAUCACAAUAGAUUGGUUUAUUUACAUUUCAAAAACCAGAAGCCAUUCAUUUACAAAUGUGAUUGCACUUUAGUUUACAUAUUUAAAUGUUCAGAUAUUAAGAUUUGAAUGAGGCAAAAUAACAUGCUUUUUCUCUCAAAUAUAUUGUUAUAAUCAUUUGUUUCGGAUGUACUGUAAUUAUUUUCUGUAUAAAAAUUUGUUUUUUUGUUUUUAUAAAAAGUUUUUUCAAACAUGAAUCUUGAAAAAGUUGGGGCCAUCUUAUAAUUAGGGCCGUCUUAUAUUCGCGUCAAUACGGUACAUUACUUGAGCAGUACAAGCCAACAAAAUAGGUUUGAGAUCAUUAAGCGUCACCAGAAUUCAAAAGAAACCACUGGACUAGAGCUGAAACGAAUACUCAAGCAACUUGAGUAACUCCAGUUUAAAAACUGGUCCGAGUAAUUUUAUUCACCUUGAGUAAUCGUUUAUUUUGACAGCUCUAAGCAUCACGUUUUGCUCGGACUACUAUUAAUGCGGGACAACGCGCUGAUGUCACGUGCGUAGACGAAGAAGCAAAAAAAAAAAAAAAAAAAAACUUACUGCAGCCGACCGGCGCUACAAACGACGCCGACGUUGCUAAAUACUAGCCCGCACGAUGCUACAUUGGUAGCGUCUGAUGAGUCGGCCGCAUUUGGACAGCCUUAGUAAACAGCCGCCAUCUUGAAGCAGUAGAACGCUAAACACCAAUAAAGAGCGCUAAGUGCUAAUAUAUAAGAUUAACGUUACUGUCACUCGCUCACGUAACGUUAGCCCUGCGGAGGGCUAGGUUUCUAUUAAUUAUGACCACUGUCGAUGCGUGGCUAACAUGUCUUACAUACAGGCUUUAACAUAACAUAGUGUUGUGGAGUGAUGAGUGUGUAAAAUAAAAACUCAAUAAUGCUAACUAUCAAUUUUAGCUCAGUAGUCAUCCUAUCAGGACUUACAGUUUAGACUAACUUAAAACUUAACUAGAACUUAAAAAUGGUUUGACACAAAUAGAAAUUCAAUUGAAACACGUGGGAAAAAAUCCUAACUUUUAAGUGAUGUGUGUCAUCAAGCGUAACGGCAUUUGUAGGUAUAUACUGUAUAUAUAUAUUUUUUUUUUAAUAAGAUCUAAAGGUCUUUUGAGUGAAAGCAGUGAAUUAGUCUUUUUUUUAUUCUAGUUACAUCUGAGAUGCAAUUGUUGGCUGUUUUCAACAAUAUACAUCGAAAAUAAAGACAUUGAUUGACUGAAAAUGGUUCAAGAUUAGAUGAAAUGUCUUGUUUUCUCGUGUAUAUUUAUAAUUGCUCUUCACCUAAAAAUAUAUUUGUUUUAUCCGAUUACUCGAUUACUAAAAUAUGCGAUAGCUGCAGCCCUACACUGGACUAUAAAUCACACUGUCAGUUUGGGGGGGAAAUAAGGAUUUUAAGGGUCUUAAAGUUUGAAAAAUAUGCCAAUACUUUUAUUACAAUAAUUACAAUUAUGUUUACAAUGUUCUGAAUGUCCAUCUGGUGUGUUCACUGACAUCUGGCUAGUAAAACUAUCUUUCUUUCAAUGGAAAGAUGACAUUUUCGUGACAAAAGUUCUUUCCCACCUAACUUCUCCAGUGGCCGUCUCUAGCUGGUUGACCCAGGCUUUGUAAACAUCGACAGGGUUGGUGUUGAUACCAAGAUUUUUGUCCUCAAUGAUGUCUUUGACGACCGGAGACAGCAAUUGUCGUAAAGUAUUGUGGCCUCGCGCUCCUCGGUUGAAGCUCACCACCAUCUUGAUGACUGUGGGAUUGCCUGUCACUAUAUCUUGAAUUUGGUCAACCUUAGACCUGAAUCACAGCAAAUAAGUGUUUUCAGAAGAUCAGAAAAAUCUCUUUAAUCAACCGGAAUUUUAAAGGUGUUACCUGAUUUCUUCAUCUAAAGCUGUUUUGAACAGUUUGAGCAAUUGAUAUUCCUCUCGCUGGUUGGAGGCAUAGUUGUACAAAGUGAAGAUCACAGUGUCCAUAAACUUUGUAGACUUGUUUUGGGGCAUUUGGAAGAUGAGCUUGGCCAAGUAGGUUGGGUUAGUCUGUAAACAGAAAAGCGCGUUGGGGUCAUUUGUCUGGUGCGUUCAAACGAUGAUCGGUAUUAAAAAGGACUACACACAAUUGUUGUACCUGCAGUAGAUAAAAAAGAUGUUGGUAGGCUUCCAGUUUUUUCCGUUUUCCUUUAUUUAAUCCCUUUAUUCCUAAUUUGUCAACAUUGGCCAGGUCAUCGUUAUUCGAUUCAUUUUUCAUGUUCUUCAUUGUCCUAUUAUGGGAGACAACAUCCUUUCAGGAAGAAAAAAAAAAGACUUGUUAAAUAUGCAUUAAAUGCCAUAAAUUUUUCAGGAUUAUCAAUUGAGUGUUCUGGUUAGCUUUUAAGAAGGUUUUGGCUCUCAUUACAUGCAGAUUGCCUAAACUGAGGAAGUAAUACAGAAGAAAAAUUUGUCCACCUGCAGUGUUAUCCUGUUCUUGACCAGCAACCCAAUCUUGAUAUCCAUCACAUUCAAAUCUUGCUCCAUCUGCUGAUUUGAGCGUAUUUUCGUGACGACUUCUUCCUUGAGCCGCGUCACUUCCUGCUCUUCCUGCAGAUCCAAAGCGCUCUGUUCUAGCAAGUGGACAAACUUGCGCACUACUGAUAGGGGAGGAUCCUUGGCGCCAGCUGCGUUAUUGCACAUCAGGGUUCAAAGAGAAACUAAUCAAAUAUAUAUAUAAUCUAAUACAUGGAAUACAAAUUUCAAAGUAAAUGAGCAGACAAGUGGUCAAAUAUUUUGCCUCAUUUUUUUGCAGUGAAGCCAAACAUCCAUUACAUAGUUGUACACUGAUGACUUACUUAGAGUUCUAUAAUUUUUUCUUGCUUUAUGGCCCUUCACAAAAGCCUGGAUCGUCACAAUGUCCUUCUCCUAUGAGAAAGAAUAUCAGUAUGACAUGUUCAGCAUACCACAACAAACCGUGCUUAUCGUAGGAUUGAACUAAUUGAGUAAAGCGUUACUCACAUGAUCUUUGAAGUAUUUCAAACGUUCUUUGUAAUUACGUCUGGCCCUCCACAUUCUAACAAAAGACUGAAUCUGAAAGUAAUGAAAAUCAAUCCCUGUCAAUCAAUAUUUAAAAAAAAAAAAAAUUCAAAAAUGAAAAUACAUAAUGCCAAUUACCUUGACAACUGAGCUAACGUUUUCAUGAAGCACUUUUAUCCUGUCGUUGUAUAUUUUUCUUUGCUUGUAACCCUUCCAAAAGGCCUGUAGAUUAAAAAAAAAAAAAAAAAAAAAAGUUUUAUUUAGUCCCUUCUGACUGCCACAAGGUGGUGCUGAAAGCAGUGAGUGCUCUAACAGUCAUUUGGAAAUAGAACUGAAGUGACAUGUGUAACUUUACUUACAUUCAUAACUUUUGCAAGAUAUAUAUAUACACAAGUAGUCCCAGGAUUACGAAUGAGUUCCAUUUCUACACUAUCGGCGUAAACCCAAUUUCCACGUAAAUUGGAAUUAACCCUUUAAGUACACCUAAAUGCACCCUAAAUCUCAAAAUAACUACCAAAAAACAUUAUACAUCAUUGUACCAUCCUUACCAAGACUAUGGCGCUAAGUCCUAGCUAGACAGUGAGCUAAACUGUAAUCUUUCUCCUCUCUCGCUCUCUCAGCUGUGCGACUUCUACGUGGGUGCAAAUGCAUUCUUCCUCGUGUGCGCAAAUACGUUCUUUGUGUGUACACGCGCCCUUACUCGCGUGCAGAAGUACUACCUAUUCUACACUUCCUUUGCCAAAAUAAUAGCAUGCAUCACAAAACAAAAGUCAACAUUAUAAUCAAAUACACAUUUCACCAAAGGGCAGAACAAUCCUAUUAAUAAAAGUAAAAAGUAAGAUGCUGUGACGUACAAUAAAGUACUGUUUAGGAGACUAAAAAAAAAAAAAAACUGAAGACAAGAUGGUGGACGAGACUCCGGCGUCAUAAAGUCGAAAUCACUGUCGGGGCUCAGAUCUCGCGUUGCCCCGUGGCGGCUCCUCGGUGUUCUCCUGCUUCCGCCCACCCCUCUCUUCUCUGCCUGGGUAUCCGCCCUGCGCUCCGUUGCAGGCUGGACGCCGGUGUGUCACCUGUUCAGGCGGGGGACCCUCCCCUGCCCUGGGCUAGGCUAGGUGGGCCAUUAGGGGUCCCACAGCGUGCCGUGCCAGUUGGGGGGCUGCAGCUGUGGCUCGUGGGCCCGGUGGUGCGUCCCUGCUUCCCAUCCCUGAAGGCCGGUUGAUGGGGGCGCGUGUGGCCCAGGGGACUACCCUGGAUCCCGGGGGACAUGACGAUGGCCCCUUUGCUGGGAUGCGGGAGGAGGGUUGGGCUGCGCUCCCUCCCUGGCUGGCUGGGUGGGAGCCGUGGCCCUGGGGUGGCGCCCGCGUGGCGUCUCCACUCGUCUGCAUGGCUGUCGCGUGUUUGGUGGGGCUCGCAUAAGGCUGGAUGUGAUUGGGCGCGCUCGGGUGGGGGACCCCGGUGCCGUGAUUGGCGAUGGGGCGGCGUAGGGUCGGUUGCCAACGGGCUUACACUCACCAAGGAUUCACACGAUUACUAGUUUCUAUAUCACUUAUCUUAUAGACUCCCACACUCCUCCCCUUCUUUCUCUGGUCAACAGGCCCUCCACAUGGUGUCACCCGGAAAUACAUCUAGCUGACGAUAGCACCAACAUAUUCAUAGUUAGUGUAGGCGUUCGAUGUAUUUCUUGUUGUUUUUUGUGUUUUUUUUCUUUUCUUGUGUUUACUUUCUUUUCUUCUGUUCCCCCAUAUCCCCUUCCUGUUCGCUGCUUUGUCAUAAUAAACAAGGUAUGUUGAAUGAUCACAAUUGGAGUAUGUCAUACUCUCAAUGUGAAACAUUAAAACUGUUCAGACCAACCGGACACUUCCAUUCUCCGUGUCAAACAGCUGAACAGGUUUGAAAAAAUAAAUAAGUAAAAAGUCGAAAUCACGUAAGUCAGGUACGUCGUAACCUGGGGACUACCUGUACAGUGAUCCCUCGCUAAUUUGCAGUUCACGUUUCACACAUUUAGUGCAUCGGGUUUUCUAUAAGCUAAUUAUCAAAAAUAAAAAUGAAAAAAAAUACAUGCGUUUUCAUUUUGACACGCGCGAAAAUGUUUGGCAGCAAGCAAAACAAGAUACAGGGGCAUUGUACAUACCCACGGGCACUCGUACAAGGUGCGUGAUUGGUUCCUGGCGUGAGAUUGACACAUGAAAGCACCAAUACGCGCCAUCACAGCCUCGCCCAUUAUGAUCAACCAACCAAAUCCUACGUCGCGGGGGGUUCUGGUCCCCAUUAACCGCAAAAAAACGAGGGAUCAAAGUAUAUCUAAAUGUGAAAUGCAAAAAAAAAAAAAAAACAGCAAUGUCCACUGGUACAACCUGCAGCCUGAUGACAUGGGGUUCUUGCUGACGCAGGUACUCCAUUCUCUGAGUGUGCCUUUGCCUCACCAGAAAACCUCGGAUCCUCGCCUGCAGCAAUGUCACCAAGAACUCAUUGGCCAACCACAACUGUUCCCGAUUAUAUUGUGCAGUCACACAACUGAUUGCAUUCUAAAUGGGAUAGAAAAAAAUAAUAAUUAAAAAAAAAAAAAAAAAAAAACCCUAUCCUGAAAUCAAUAAUAUCAGCUAAACACAUGUGCAUAGUGGAUUAUGUACUGGAGCGGGUACCUGAAUUUCCUCUUUAUUGAGAUGCCGACUAUUGUUUCUAAAGCUUUCAGGCUCCUCCCAGAUACCGUCUCCUGUGUCCAGAUUAUAGUAGUAGUCAUAUCUUUCCUUUAUGCAGUGUUUCACCCACACACUCUCAGGGCCUCCAAAGAGAAAGCGUAUACAUUUAGCAAAAUGUACCUAUUCUCCAUAGACCACACUAUCAGUUGACGAGACAGCUUGUACAGACAUUGCGCCAGUGCUGCGCAUAGGGGGCCGGGCCAGGCAGAGUGUCAUGGCAGCUUUCACUGUGAUAAACUCAAACACGCUACGUUCUAACGCCGGAUUUAGGUGGAAACUCUAAGUUUUAGUGCAUACAAGCAGGCAGAAGUGUCUCAAGAGUGAUUUGGUCGAGGAUUGUUAUAUAAAACAGCACCAUGCUUGCACUUUGAAACAUGAAAAAAAUUAAACGAAUGGGAAAAAUUAGCGUAACUUUCGCUUGACAUAUCGAUAACCGCCCGUUUUUUUUGUUUUUCUUUGCUUUUAACCAAGAAUCUAGACUGUUUUACGUUCAUAUCUAUUGAAAUUCCAGGUUUUGCGCAUAUAUUUACAAGAAUUUUCAACUUAAAAAGCUCUUUGUUUUGUGUUGGCCGCCAUGUUGGAUUUUGUAUCUAUACAAAAUAGCGUAACUUUACAUUCAAAUAAUCAAGUAAUUUUCGGCCAACUGCCCGUUUUUCUGGGGGCAAAAAACUAGCAAUUUAGACAUUUCUGGGUCCAUACAAAAAAAAAAAAAAAUCGUCUUUUGCGUGUUUUAUUUUAUGUAACAUUUCAAUCUAAAAACGACGAGGGUCAAAUAGCCAGCAAGAUGUGCUGCGGCAAUAAUAACAUCAGAAUUCAACCUAAAUAAAUUGUGGUUUUCUUUAGAAAAAUUCUGCAUGGUUUUAUUAGGUUUCUGAUGUUAAAAUUGAGUGAUUUAUUAGCUGUUGAAAACUUGUCAAAAUUGCACUAAAUAAAAAAUUACAUCGCUAUUUAGGGCAAAAAUCUAUGUGAUACAUUACAUACUGCUAUUGAUCCUAAAAAUUUAGGUGAUAAUCUAUGCUUUAGGUGGAGUUUUGUUAAACUUGUAUUAAAAAAAAAAAUCAUUAAUCAAAAUUUUAUUAGUUACUUUGAAUUUUUUGAUUCCACUGCUCUUGGAGACUCAUAUAUGCCUUAGGGUGGUGCCUGUUUUGUUUUUUGGUCGCUAGCUGCUUUGGUUUUUAAAAUAGGCCCCAUGGAGCAGCCCCGCAGCCCAUUUCCCAUCAACUGAUAAUGAAGUCUAUGGUUUCUCUGAAAUGCAGAUUUCGUUAAGAGAUUUAAGAGUUCAGCUACCUUGAGGUGCCAUCUGUCUUUGUGCUUCUGCAAGUUCAGCCUGGUACAUGUCAGCACAUUCAGCAAGUACAAGUUUCAGACCUGCAUUUGGUAAUUGCAGAGCCUGCAAAGUAUUCUUGGAGUCACCCUGUACUACCAAAUCGUUUAUGUCAGCUACAGCUUCUGCCACUGUCAAAAUAGAGGAUAAAUAGGCCAAAGAAGAAGGUUUCAUGUUGACUAUGACAACAAUUAAGUGACACUGUGAAUAAAGAAGUGGAAAGUUCCACCCAUCGAUUAUUUCUACCACUUAAUCUCUUAAUCUAAACUUAAUCUGGUACACCCCAGAUUGUUUCUAGUUUGCACCUGAAACUAUCUGGUAAACAUUAGCAUUAUAUAGCAUUGAAGCUAGUGGGAUUUUAAGUUGCAUAGCAAAAUUCCGCUAGCCUAAAUGCUAUAUAAUGCUAAUGUUUACAACAAUUGGCUAAUUUGCAUAGCAAAAUUCCGCUAGCCCAAAUGCUAUAUAAUGCUAAUGUUUACCAGAUAAGUUUUUGGUGCUUAAAUUUAUCUUAUUUCUGUCGAGGUUCCUUUAGGGGCUCCGUAAAAAUAUACAUUAAACGGCAAAUUCUUGACUGAAUUUAACAAUUAUUUGGGCACCAAUAUAUCAAAUAAAGAGUGUUAACUCACAGUUAAUACAUUUACAAUUUCCUCACAAUGCAUUUCAGACCAAAAAAAGAAAACUUUACUUGGCAAACAUAGAGAAGCGAAAAUUUGCUCUGCAUUUUUUUAUGAAUUGUAAGGACUCACUUGUGAUAGCAUCUUCUGCAUUUUGGUUGGCUGCAUGUAUAGCGUCUUGAAUUUGGUCCAGCCACAGUAAAGCAGACUCGUCUCCAGAGGUCUGUAUUCAGACAAAUUAGUUUGCCAUAUUUUAAGCCAUGUACAGUCAAGGUAAAAUCAAGUAGUAUUGUUGUUGCCAUUAACUGUGAUUGAGUAUGCAGAUCUGCUUUAAAAAUUAACCGUUUUUACAUUGAACAGACACCAACUUUGGCAUAUUACUAUAUAUUACCUUAUAACGCUUGAAAGUAAGGAAACAGAUCAACAACUCUCCUGCUGUUGUCACUGCUUUGAAGUUUUUUUUAAUAAAUUAAGUCUUUGGCUGCCACUGUUGGUGACAGACGUCCAAAUUGAAUAAUAAAGCUAAAUUUAGGAUUAGUUAGCACAAACUUCGCCAUUAUGUGAUAAAGGGACUAAAUUUUUACAUCUGUCAGACUUGACCACUGUAUGAAAACCCCAGAAAAACAGGAAGAAUGUUUAUUCAGCCCAAGUUUUAAGGCUAAUUUUAGCCAACUCUGGAGAGGGUUAAGGCAAUCCCUGACCACAAGACUUACAGGAAGGAAGUAGUGAUUUAAUCAGGUCUCUUAAAAUUCCCACCCAAUUCUUUUAGUAAAAUUGGUUAUAGGACAGUUUAUUAGACUGUCAACAGAACAUGAAAAAAUCCAAAAAUCCUAAUAUGUUCCAAUGUUCAUAUUGGAACCCGAAAAACAAGAAAUAGUCCCAGUAUGCACGAUAAAAUGAGAUGACCCAUUUCUUGAAACAAUAUUCAGGACUAACAUUAUAUUGCUUAAUGAGGCUUUUACCGAAAAAAAAAAACAGUACUGAGAAUUUAAUGACAUUAUUUGAAUAUCAUGGCAUAUGCCAUGAACCAUAACCAUGAACUUGUAUCCUCCCACUCCAGUGAGUCAGGGGGAAAUUACUGACGCAGUCAGCUGGGAAUUUUGUUUUCAAGGCUGGACAGGAAACGUGCAUGCAGGACCGAAAAAACAGGCAAGCUUUCCUUGUAUGCCAUGAGGUAGCCAGACUUAAGGACACAUCGCUGUCAGUCAUAGGACUGCGGCGAUGACCAUAACUCGAGUUUAUUGGUUGAAAGUAGUUAUACAUUUUUCAAUUUUUCAAUUUUUUUUUUUUUUAAUUGUGAUUUUUUUUUUUCCUGUAUCCGGUAACCAUGGCAGACAUUGUAACUGGAAUUAUCAUUUGUCUCAUAGCAGUGCAGGCUAUCCAAAUUGAUGGGAAUGGAAACCUAACCACAAACAAUACACAAUCUGAAGUCUUUCCAAAAUCUUUCAAGGGCAAGCCUUAUCAACACAAUCUUACAAAGCAGCGGUCAGCCUUUAUCCAUCCUAGUGGAGAUCCGUGGCUGGACUUGGACCUGGACGAUGCUGCCACAGCCUACACCACAGGGGUUUUAAGCACCUGGAUCCUUCCUUUAUCCUACAUCUUGGCCAUGAUUGUUGGUAUCCCCACUAAUGCCUAUAUUCUGGCCUUCCUCAGAUUGAGACUCCGAGAAAAGUCCUUGUCCACAGUUGUGCUUUAUUUAAACCUGGCCUUGUCGGACCUGCUGCUCCUGCUUUCCCUGGCAUUGCGUGUUCACUACCAUUUCAGUGGAAACAACUGGGUGUUUGGGGAACUCUCCUGCCGGCUGAUGACCGCCUUGUUUUACGGCAACGUCUAUUGCUCAGCACAGACUAUAGCAUGUAUUAGCCUGAAGCGCUACCUGGCAGUGGUUAAGCCUUUCUUAUAUAGAAGGCUGGCCAAGACGACAGUAGUGUUAUGGGCAUGCUUCACUGUUUGGUUCUUAUUUGGGGCGGCUAUUGUACCAGAGCUGCUAGUCAGGCAAAGCUAUUGGCUUGCUCAGCUGGGGGUCACCACUUGUCAUGAUGUGCUACCCCUUGAAGAGAAAUCCCAUUCACUGUUGGUGCCAUACAGAUUAAUGCUGGUUUGUCUGGGCUUCGUAGUGCCAUUUAUGAUUUCCAUCUAUGCACAUGUGUCAGUGGUGCACCAUCUUGGACAAUCAGGAUGUAACUGGAAACCUUUUAUAAAGAUCAGUACUUUGGUUUUCGUCAUCUUUGUGGUGUGUUUUUUGCCUAGCGGGAUCCUGCAUCUUGCACACUACGCCCGCCUCGUUUCCAAUGGGGAUGACAAACUGUACGGAUACUACAGAUUUGCUGUGUGUCUUUGCUGCUUCCACAGUUGUUUGGAUCCUUUCCUGUGUUUGCUUAUUUCCAAAUCGGCUGCAUCAGAGAUACAAUUCAUCUCCGUCCGCAGAAUCCCAUAGAGGCUGGCUGUUAAGAUAUGCGAAUGAAAGUGUACAUAGAAAAGACAUUGCCUUACAGGACCAUUGUUGGGGCACAGCAUGGAAGCGUAAUCUCGGAAACACCUGACAUUGGGAAAUAAACAUUGUAGGCUACAGUAUAUUCAGGAAAAACUGGGACAAUGUUUUUUUCUGCAAUGCUGUUGACAAUUUGAAAAUCAAUUAUGUCUACUUAAAUGGCAGAAAUAUAAAAUAAUCUUAACUUCUUCAAAUUCACUGCUCAGCCGUCACCGCGUACAGACGCACAGAAGCGUUGAUUGCGUUAUUGUACAGUUUUGAUGUAUGUUCCAUGCCUGAAUGUGCGUCUUUAGUUGUAUGGGGGACGGGAAACUGAUAAGCAUAUGAUUCAUCCCGUCCGCCUUUGUCUUAUUCUUCGGUUCCUUCGGGCAAAUAAUAUCACAUUUUGUAAUUGUCAAUGAUACCGAUGAUGAUGACGACAAUAGAAUUCCAUUAAAUUAAAUUUUAAAAACAUACCAAAAGACUGCUUCACAGUUUGAACGAUUUCAAAUGGGUAAACUCAAUGAUGGGAAAUUUUGUGCCGCAGCAUCAAAACUAACUGGUUUGAGUUAAUUUAUAGUUAUGAACAAAACCAAAUUUUCAGAUGACAACUGUUAUGACGAAAACAACGAGCAUGGAUAUUCUAAUGAGUGUUAACACAAAGCACAAUGUAUAAUAUAAAUGUGUAAAUGGAAUACACAGAACACAAAACCUAUACAACAAAUAAAUGUCAAAAUUGAGGGAUGAGAUUGUAUUUUGCCAUGUUGAAAUUAUACAUGUGCCGCUUAACGGUUUCAAGGUAUACCGUGGUAUGAAAAGGUCACUGUUUCAAAACUGCAAAAAUUUUGCGUCAUACCGUCCAUACGGUAUUAUCUAUUUUUUAUGUCCCAAAAAUGCAGGGAUAAAUCCCUUGCUUGCAGCUCAAGGUUCAACCCUCCCCCACCGGUUGUCGCUCAGUGUCAGUGAGUCAGCUGUGCUACACGAUGGCUGGACGAGGUGGAAUUCCUGAUCUUUUUUCCCGAAGAAAACAAAAUCGCUGUAUGGGAAUACUUCGGCUGCAGAAAAGUUACAGAAGGACAGAGGAGGAGGGCCUACCGACAUGUAAAACGUGUGCGGAGGUUGGCUGCCGAAGAGGCAAUACCUCCAAUAUGAUUUUGCAUUUAUACCAAAAUGAAAACCUUAGUAAACACUGUCGUGAACAUUUAUCGCCAGCUAGGAGAGUUUCCUCCAGCGUGUUUAGUGUGUCUAGCGGUGGAAAAACGUGUUUCAUUUCUCUCUGGCGACUGUCUGUGUUGAGAAAGCGUGCGAGUGUAUAAUGUAAACAUGAUAUGAGUCAUACACAUGUGCUUUUUAUGGAAAAUAAUUCAAUUACAGUGAUACCUCAACAUACGAUCGCUUCGACACAUGAUCUUUUCGACAUCCGACGUAAAAUUUGACUCGCCAUUUGUUUCUACAUCUGACGACAUGUUCGAAAUACGACGACAUGACAGCACCGCAAACGAACGCACGGCGGAUUUUCUUGUGUGAGAAAUCAACACAGGUUUCAAAAAAGUGGGUCCAGUUGGUGAAACAAGGAAAAAAGUGAUUACCUUACCUUACCUUUGAAAUGAAGAUGCAAAUUAUAGAAAAAUAUGAGGGGGGCGCGCAUCCGUGAACUGGCUCAACAAUAAAGCUCCACAAUCCUCUUCCGACCACAGUUUGCCAGUCUUUAUAAGUUAAGGUGACAAUUAUUAUUGUGGUAACGUCGCCAAGUAAAGAUGUCCCGAUCGAUCGGCAUCCUGAUCAAUCGGGUCCGAUCACGUCAUUUUCAAAGUAUCGGAAUCGGCAAAAAAAUAUCGGACAUGCCUUUUUUUAAUAUACAGUGCCUUGCAAAAGUAUUCGGCCCCCUUGAACCUUGCAACCUUUCGCCACAUUUCAGGCUUCAAACAUAAAGAUAUAAAAUUUUAAUUUUUUGUCAAGAAUCAACAACAAGUGGGACACAAUC